CCCUCGCAGUUUGCCACUGGGUUUUGCAGUCUCCUGAUUUCCUCAGUCCACAAGAGGAGCCAACAUGGGCAAUCGCCUCUGUAGUUUCAGGAGCUAGUUUGCGGCAGGGGAAGCCCCAUUCUGAGUUGAGGAGUGGAAAGGUAACCCGUAUGUUUUUAGUUUCAAAGAUCUGCCCCCCAAAAUACUAUUGCUCUUCUUCUGGAAAAGCCUGAUUGGUAGGAUUCCUCCAAAGGCUCAGCCCGCCGUGCUGUAUGCCAUCCCCUCGCCAACUUCGACCCUGAAGCUUGCCAAGAACUCCCCCGGAGGAAAACCUGCUGGCUUCCAUCAUUUGCCACAAAUGGCCAAUUCUGGAGGAGGCGCUGUCUGCAAUGGGAAUCUUUACAGUCACAAGAAAUGGGACGGCUCACAGAAUGGAAACUGCACGAAGAAUGGCAUAGUGAAGGAAGUCCAGCAAAAUGGGAAGCCACAUUUUUAUGAGAAGCCGGUUGUUGAAUCCUUUGAGGAAGCACCUCUUCACGUUAUGGUUUUCACUUAUAUGGGAUAUGGAAUUGGAACCCUAUUCGGCUAUCUCAGAGACUUUUUGAGAAACUCGGGAAUAGAAAAAUGCAAUGCAGCUGUAGAGCGAGAAGAACAAAAAGAUUUUGUGCCACUGUAUCAAAACUUUGAGAAUUUUUACACAAGAAACAUUUACAUGAGAAUCAGAGACAACUGGAACCGGCCCAUUUGCAGCGCCCCAGGGCCUCUGUUUGACGUGAUGGAGAGGGUGUCGGAUGACUACAACUGGACAUUUCGGUUCACUGGAAGAAUCAUCAAAGAUGUCAUCAACAUGGGCUCCUAUAACUUCCUUGGCUUGGCAGUCAGGUACGAUGAAUCUAUGAGGACAGUGAAGGAUGUUUUAGAGGAGUAUGGCGUAGGUGUGGCCAGUACCAGACAUGAAAUGGGAACCUUGAAUAAGCAUAAAGAGUUGGAGGACCUUGUGGCUCAGUUCCUGAAUGUAGAAGCAGCCAUGGUCUUUGGGAUGGGAUUUGCAACUAACUCAAUGAAUAUUCCUGCACUAGUUGGAAAGGGGUGCCUCAUUUUAAGUGAUGAGUUAAACCACGCAUCUCUUGUGCUUGGGGCCCGACUCUCAGGUGCAACCAUAAGGAUCUUCAAACAUAACAACAUGCAAAGCCUAGAGAAGCUCCUGAGAGACGCUGUAAUCUAUGGCCAGCCUCGAACCCGCAGAGCUUGGAAAAAGAUUCUCAUCAUGGUGGAGGGCGUCUACAGCAUGGAAGGUUCCAUUGUGAAUCUGCCCCAGAUCGUGGCUCUAAAGAAGAAAUACAAGGCUUACCUCUACAUUGAUGAAGCUCACAGUAUUGGGUCUGUGGGCCCGACUGGCCGGGGUGUAGUGGAAUUCUUUGGAAUGGACCCUCAAGAUGUCGAUGUGUUUAUGGGCACAUUCACCAAAAGCUUUGGAGCCGCGGGAGGUUACAUAGCUGGAAGGAAGGACCUUGUGGAUUAUUUACGGGUUCACUCACAUAGUGCUGUUUAUGCUACCUCCAUGAGCCCCCCGAUAGCAGAGCAAAUCAUCAGAUCAAUGAAAUUCAUCAUGGGACUGGAUGGGACCACGCAAGGGCUAAAGAGAGUACGGCAACUUGCAAAAAACACAAGAUACUUCAGACAGAGACUGAACGAAAUGGGAUUCAUUAUCUAUGGCAAUGAGGAAUCUCCUGUGGUCCCCCUGCUCCUUUACAUGCCUGGUAAAGUAGCGGCCUUUGCAAGGCACCUACUAAACAGAAAGAUUGGGGUAGUGGUCGUUGGAUUUCCAGCUACUCCCCUAGCGGAAGCUAGGGCACGGUUCUGCGUUUCAGCAGCACAUACCCGAGAAAUGUUAGACACGGUCUUGGAAGCCCUAGAUGAGAUGGGUGAUCUCCUGCACCUGAAAUAUUCCCGGAACAAGAAGUCAGCACGCCCCGAACUCUAUGAUGAAACAAGCUUUGAACUUGAUGAUUAAGUUCCCAGGUCCUGAUUGGCACCUAAAGACUUUGCCAGCAAAAUUCUCUCUUUGCCUCAAAAAGAAUAUAAGUGCAUUUCUCUCCAUUUCUAAGGACAAUUGGUUUUCAAACCAGCUUAGUUGAACUGAGGGAGACGUUGUUGUGUUCUUAAUGUCCCCAACUCAGGACUGUAGAGACAAAAAUACAGUUUCAGAUUUCUGUUUUUCUUCUCCCAAGUAACCUGCUACACACACACACACACACACACACACACACACACACACACACACACUUCUUAUAAUGUUUGUAAUGGCAAUAAGCCUGUGUUUUAGCUGCUACUGUGCAGCCUCUCUAGUCCAGAUCCUUUCAGGAAUUCCAACCAAAUGAGAGGGUUUCGGUUUUAAUUCCAUAGAUCUCACUGAGUGUUUACUUAUUCCAUCUCCGGAUGGGCCAGCGUGGUGGUCAGUGGCAGACCUCCUUAUUCCCAUGUGAAAGCACCAUCUAGAACUCGUGUGUCACAGGAAGUUCCAGGCAGGAAGGUAAAGAAAUGUUGCUUCUACCAUUUGCCACAUUUGGGCUUUUUCCAAGGACAAGCGUCAAAAGCUGUAGUUAGUGUUUGGAGGGAGAGAGCAGAGCUGGCCAGCAGCACCCAGAGACGUCUUUGAAGGAAACUUUCUUUUUCCUCUCUCUGGUUCCUCCUACAGUUUUACAGCUGAGCUUUUAAGGUUUGGAAAAUUCAAGAUGUGUGUUUCAUAAGGAAGGGGGUAGACAGCAAGCACAAGCCAAUUUUAGGCCUAAACUAAAGCCAUGAAGUUAGAAGCAUUUGAACAUUUUUGGUGCCAUGUAGAGUGAAUGUUUAGCAUGCGUAGUCUCUAUGACUUUAAGGAAUGGGUUGACAUUUUCCUAUUGAAUUUUGAGUAAAUAGUGAGAUUUCGUUUUCUUGAGAGUUGACUCCCAUGACUAUACUUGAAGAAUUGGUUUAAAAAUAUCUAAAAGCAAAUAUUCAACUUUUUCAAGACUGACACCCCCCAUCCCCAUUUAGGCCUAUUAACAUUAAAUAGUUCUGUCAUCUGCCAAAUGCACUUCAAUUUGGUGCACAGUGAACUUGUACACUAUUGGCAACUAACUGUAAUUUACUUAGUUCUCUCUCUCUCUCUCUCUCUCUCUCUCUCUCUCUCUCUCUCUCUCCCUUCUCUCUGUGUGUGUGUCUCUGAACACAAACUCCUCUGGAAUAGCACCCCUUUGCUAAUUGGAUCUAGUUGGUAUGGAAAAAGCCAGUGGAAAACCUUAUCUUUAACAAGCUCCCAGAUGGUGCACAGAUUUGGAAACUCUAAAGAGCAGUGGUGACCUUUUAGCAAAGCUUCUGUAAUAGUUUGAAUGAGUUACAGAACAUUCCACUCCAUCAAAUGACACUAUAAACAAAUCACUUCAAGAGAGGUUUGACUUUGUGUGACACACAUGGACCCAAGCUUUCAUGCUGUGCACUGAGAUAGAAACUCAACCCCAAGCACCGGUGUUGGAUGGAGCAACAUGCCCUUAUGUUCAAAACUUAUUAAAGGAGAAAGAUGAUCUGCAUGGAAAUUUUUAGGAAAUUAUAACCCCUAGUAGGUACAACAAUUUGAAAGUGGAUCACGAAUGUUUUUAAGUAGUAUAACAUUCCUCGUGAACAAUUUUUAUGUACAAUUAGGUUAGAAGGAGAGAAAGCAGGUUCUGAAAUGCUGUUGCCCCAUCUAAUGACUGAAUUUGAUAACUAAAUUUCAGCUCUUCUCAAUGAGCCAGUAAAGCAUUACUUGUGCAAGGAAAAUAUAUGUUGAGUAAAAAUGUACAACGGAAAAACAGACACAUAGGUCUUUUGUUUUGAAAAUGUGCCUUUAAAUGAAAUUGAUCUUAGUUAAUUUUCCAAAAUGCAUAAACGUCUUCAGUCCUGUAAAAGAAACAGGAAACAAAGAGGGCGACAACAUGUCUGGGCCUCCCUACGGUAUAGCAAGCAAUAAACAUCCCCUCCCAUUCUGGGUGCCUGUGAUCUACACACCCACCCUUUGAGUUUUAAGCCUGCAGAGGGGUGUCUCCUUGAGCAGGAAUUACUCUCAUAAUUACUUUCAUGGAGGCUCUUGAGUCAACUCAUGAUAGGAAACUAAUUACUUAGCCAGUUGGCAUGGGAGGCAGGGAGAGAUUACUCUCUCUUCAUCAAGAUCCAAGAGUUCUGCGGCAACUUAUUACUUUCUCGUGUACAAGAUAAAAGGCCUAUCUCUGUCAGAGUCUAUGUCGAAUACACACUUAUAAGAACAACCGUAAGCCAAGUGGAAUGCUUCACAAGCAGUACAUUAGGAGGGAUCCAGGUCCCACUGGGCUGGCAAUAUUAGCGUGCAUAUAUAUAAUGAGGUUGGUUAAGAGGGUGAUUGUGAAUACUGAGAAAUUUUCUUCUGCUGCUAGGUUAAUAAGACCAUGAUUUUAAUUCAAUAGGGAUUACUGAGUUUCCAUAAGUAUAGCAGAGCCAAAAAUGUCUCUUUGGUUGAUUUUGGGGGGGAAAGAGAAUUUCUAACAGAACUAUAAUGUCAUGUACCCCAACCUUCCCAUUUACACACACACACACACACACACACACACACUUACUUUUCCCUUACAGAGCAAGUAAGAGUAGAGAGAUGAAAGGUAGAGAGAUGGAAAUCUGAUUGGUUGAUAGAUAGAUGGAAGGUGUUGUCCUAAAAAUAAUCUUCAGGGAAGCAGAAGAUAAAGGAUCCAGACGAUAUUUGUAAGAAAGAUUAUUUGCAUAGUGAAAUGACAUGGACACAUGUCUAAUCUUAUCAUGGGACUUCAGUAUCAUGGAUGCUUGGCUGGAUUGCAUUUCAGUAAGUUUUGAUCUGAGAACCACAGGCUUCAGAAUUUACUUGAAAGCUUGAUAAAAUGCAGAUCCUUGAGUCCCACACCAGCAUUCUACUGAAUUAGAAUAGUGAGAGAGAAUAAUCUACAUUGUCAUCAGCCUUCCCAGGGGAUUCUAAUCCAUGUCAUAAUUUGAGAAUAAUUACUGGAGCUUUUGUUUUGAUAGACCAGUUGGCUCUAAUAACAUAACAGAAGCUUUGUUCUGACUCUUUGUUUAUAAUUAAGAGUACUUAUACUACUAAAGUAAAGUGAAUUAUUCUAACUUUUCCUACUCAAUUGGACAUUUCGCUCCUAUUUUCCAGGUAUCUUCAUUUCCUACAAUAAGGAAUCUAAUAUUGAAGAAUUUUCACUUGAAUAUUCAUUUGAAUAAAUUAUUCCUUCUCGAAUGCUUCUCUGUAUUCUUUCCUACAAAAUGUUCAUUUUCCUUUCAUCACUUUGUUCCAUUGAAUGUGGUGUCUUGUUUCUUUAUUUUUCUUCUACCCCUUUAAAAAACCUUCAACCUUUGAUUAUUUAUUUAUUCCAACAACAGCUCUUGGAUAGGGUGAGUCUUAACAGUUCUUCAAAUAUGCAAUGCUCUUCUCUAUUUUUUCUUCAGAGACAGCAAAUAUAAGUGGGUUACUCUGACCUAAAGCUCUGAUAAUAAAACCUAACUCUUAAAUAUAUCUUUUAUUUACAGCAAUGAUAACAAUUGUAUUUUGAGCUUAUCUAGUGAUUUCUUGGCCAUUUUACUUGUCUCAGUAAGAACAACAUAUUUGAAGUCUGUUGUCUCAGGCCCUUUGCAGCUGUGUAUUGUUUAGGAAAUUAAAAUCAUCUGUAUUUUAAAUGUUUCUAAGCAAUUUUUGUGGAAUGUUGUCUUACAGUGUUGUGGUGUGUGCGUGUGUGUGUGCGCGCGCGCGCAUGUUUCAUUGAAACAUUUGAGGUGACCAAUUUCAUUUCAUUCUGUCUGUGAAAUGUUAGUUUAUUUAAUAAACAAAAUACCAAAA